UCCUCUUGGGCUCUUGGGCUGCCUCCCUAUCCCGAGAUGAAGGCGCUGGAGGAGCAGCCAGGCUGGGGCUUCCCUCCUGGGCAGCGCCGCCUCUUGUAACGGGGGAUUUGGGGCCAAGCGAGGAGCCUUUCCCUCUCAGCAGCAGCAGCAGCAGCGAGGAGAGCGGUCUCCCUCCGCAGUGGGAUGUUCUCACCUUUGCGCCCAUGCUGGCAUCAUUGGAUUGGACCCAUCAUCGAAACAACACCUGCCUUUAGUACAGCGUGUAACUAAAAACUAACUAAAGAAUGAGGAGAUUUGUCUACUGCAAAGUGGUUCUUGCCACUUCCUUGAUGUGGGUGCUGGUGGAUGUCUUUCUGCUCUUGUACUUCAGUGAAUGUAACAAGUGUGAUGACAAGAAAGAGCGGUCUCUGCUACCUGCACUAAGGGCUGUUAUGUCACGAAGCCAAGAAGGGCCUGGAGAGAUGGGGAAGGCAGUCAUCAUACCUAAGGAUGAUCAGGAAAAAAUGAAGGAACUGUUCAAAAUAAACCAGUUUAACCUUAUGGCCAGUGAUAUGAUUGCACUGAACAGAAGUUUGCCCGAUGUAAGAUUAGAGGGAUGCAAGACAAAAGUCUACCCUGAUGAACUACCAAAUACAAGUGUGGUCAUAGUAUUUCAUAAUGAAGCCUGGAGCACUUUGCUUCGUACUAUUUACAGUGUUAUAAAUCGGGCUCCGCACUAUCUACUUGCUGAAAUUAUCUUGGUAGAUGAUGCCAGUGAACGAGAUUUUCUGAAGGUCCCAUUAGAGAAUUACGUGAAAACGUUGCAAGUGCCAGUAAAAAUUAUGAGGAUGGAACAGCGGUCAGGGCUGAUUCGAGCUCGACUUCGAGGAGCAGCGGCUUCCAAAGGCCAGGUCAUCACUUUCCUGGAUGCACACUGUGAAUGUACCUUGGGCUGGCUGGAACCCCUGCUGGCAAGAAUAAAAGAAGACAGGAAGAUUGUUGUUUGCCCUAUUAUCGAUGUGAUCAGCGAUGACACUUUUGAAUAUAUGGCUGGCUCAGACAUGACAUAUGGAGGUUUUAAUUGGAAACUUAACUUUCGUUGGUACCCUGUUCCACAGAGAGAAAUGGACAGGAGGAAAGGAGACAGAACAUUGCCUGUGAGGACCCCUACUAUGGCUGGUGGCCUAUUUUCUAUUGACAGAAACUACUUUGAAGAGAUAGGAACUUACGAUGCAGGAAUGGAUAUCUGGGGUGGAGAAAAUCUUGAAAUGUCUUUUAGGAUCUGGCAAUGUGGAGGAGCACUAGAGAUUGUAACUUGUUCACAUGUUGGUCAUGUCUUCCGAAAGGCUACACCCUAUACUUUUCCUGGUGGUACCGGUCACGUAAUUAACAAGAACAAUAGACGACUUGCUGAGGUGUGGAUGGAUGAAUUUAAAGAUUUCUUCUAUAUCAUAUCCCCAGGAGUUGUGAAAGUGGACUAUGGCGAUGUAACAGUCAGAAAAGCACUGAGAGAGAACCUGAAAUGUAAACCAUUUUCAUGGUAUCUGGAAAAUGUCUAUCCAGAUUCCCAGAUUCCACGACGGUAUUUCUCCCUUGGAGAGAUCAGAAAUGUUGAAACAAACCAAUGCUUGGAUAACAUGGGGCGCAAGGAAAAUGAAAAAGUGGGUAUAUUCAACUGUCAUGGCAUGGGAGGAAACCAGGUAUUUUCAUACACGGCUGACAAGGAGAUUCGCACAGAUGAUUUAUGUUUGGACGUCUCUAGACUCAAUGGUCCUGUGAUCAUGCUGAAGUGCCACCACAUGAGAGGAAAUCAACUUUGGGAAUAUGAUGCUGAGCGGCUUACCUUGAGACAUGUGAACAGCAACCAGUGUCUCGACGAACCUGCUGAAGAUGACAAAAUGGUUCCUACCAUGAAAGAUUGCAGUGAAAGCCGGUCCCAGCAGUGGCUGCUCCGUAACAUGACCUUGGGUGCCUAAAGCCAAGGGAGAGACUUGCGGCGUUUCCUCAGGCCUUGAAAGGUUCUAGACCACUUGUACUUCACUCAUUUACAUCAGGCAAAAGGAGAUACAUUCAUUUUCUCCUGUUGGUGAAGUGAAAGGUUUUGAAUGCUUGGUUAAAAGCCCACUUGUUGGAAAAACUUUUUUUAAUUGCUUAAAAGCAUGUUUGCACUUUUUCCCCUCGAAAUUUUUUACUCAUUCAGCUGAACACAUGAGCGCUUUAAUAUACCAUGACAUACACUGUUAUCAGGACAUAUUCAAGAGGAGAUCAGACUCAUGAGAAACAUUACAAGGCUAAACUCCAAGAUCUUGGGGGUGGGGGAGUGGGCUUGCUGUUGGUUCUGUCAUGUAAUGUUGCUUGAAAGUGACAAUGUUAAAUGCCUUAUGAAAUUAACUUGCAUUGUGAAAGACUAUAUCAUUUGUUUCAUUAAGGUGAUGUGUGUGUACUGGCCGGUCCUUCAUGGCAACAAAAGAAUCAUUAGGUUUUUAGUCAGCCAUAACCAGUGAAUAGCUCAGCUGAAAGGAUUUCUGAACGGUAAAUUUGCUGUACAUAACAGAGGUUUUUCAUGUAUAUUAUCAGGAAGAAGGUGCCAUUCUUUUUUUUUUCUUGGUAAAAUCAACAAUACUUAUUGAAGAAUAUGCUAAUAGAUGGGAUAUAAAACUAAAAUACCAGUGAGAGCUACUGUAAUGGAGUAGAAGUCAGAGAAAGAUGACCUAGUCUGUGACCAGAUUCUAUCAAUUCUGUGUCACAGAAUUGAUAGUAUCGCCCAGAUACCACUGCCAAACUGUAAUCCAUUGUGAAAAAUAAUAAUGCCAUUCAGAUUCUUUUGACUUGCUUGAAAAUAUGGCAGUUUUAUACUAGCCAUUUAAAUUCAAGUUAAAUUAGCUCCCUUUCCCUUUUGAAAAUCUGGGCUGUUUCUCUUCAUUUCAACACCAGGCUGUGGGCUUUGGGAGAAGAUUUCAUACACAUACACACUCUUCCUGGGAAUAAAAUAUGCCAUAUAGUUUUCUUUAGUGAUAUUAGUUGUCUGGAAUUUGUAUGUGCCUAUUACCCCAUCUCUUUCAUCCAGUCACCAUUACAAUGUACUAGGAAAGUAAAAUAUAUAGAGUGAGAGCUUAGUAUCACAGCUUAGUAGGGUCAAUGGCAAAA